AUGUUACCGAUCUUCUGGAAGGAUAUCCUCGUCCAUUGGCUUAACUUCGUAUCCAUCAAUACGCCUGCUCCUUCCCCCCGUCUAAGCUUCGAGCUCAGACAUCUACAUGCCGUCUCUUCGUCUGCUCACGUCGUCUUCCAGGAUGUUCCUCCAGUUUGGAAAGAAUCUUCCGCCUAUCUGCAACAGAACCGUUCAUUUGCCAUUGAAGCUCGGCCUGUUUCCUCUUACAGAGGACCUAAUUAUGAAGAUCAACGGGUGGCGCGGGUGCAGUCAAUGAAGUUUGGUCAAAGUCAGUCCUUAAAUUGGGAACAAGAGAUAGUCCCUGGCCCAAACGUAGAGAGCAGGGAGACUUUGUUAGAGCUAGCCAAGAUGUCUAACAAUGCCUAUGUCGAAGUCGGAGAUCCAGCGUGGUACGAGUUGGGCGAAGAGUGGAACACUACGUAUCCAUUUGGAUGGGAACCCGAUGCCGAUGGAUUUCGCGGACAAGUUUUUGCGACUCCAGAUAAUUCGACCGUUAUUGUAUCUGUCAAAGGAACGUCUGCAGGACUUUUAGGAGGUGGUGGUCCCACGGUAAAGAAGGACAAACUGAAUGACAACCUCUUGUUCAGCUGUUGUUGUGCAAGAGUAGACUGGACGUGGACUACCGUCUGUGGAUGCUACCGUGGUGGUUGGAAAUGCGACCAAGAAUGUGUCGAAACUGCCCUCAUCGAGGAAUCUCUGUUCUACUCUAUUGGAAUUGUGCGCGGUCCCGUCUUGUGUGUACGGUCCGAGUUCAAACUAAUACUCACUCAGAAUCUGUACAAUAAUUUGACUUACAUCUAUCCGGAAUCCAACAUAUGGAUCAUUGGACACUCCCUGGGUGGUUCUCUGGCAUCUCUUAUCGGUGUCACUUUUGGUGCACCUGUUGUUGCAUUCGAAGCUCCUGGAGAGAAGAUGGCUGCUAGUCGAUUGCAUCUCCCUUCUCCACCGAGCACCCAACAUAUCACCCACGUCUAUCAUACUGCUGAUCCUAUAGCUAUGGGCACAUGUAAUGGUGUGUUAUCGUCCUGUGCUCUUGGUGGAUAUGCGAUGGAAUCGCGUUGCCAUUUGGGCAAGUCUGUCAUUUACGACACGGUAUCGAACUCCUCCUGGGCAGUCGAUGUUCGUACACACGGCAUAGUUGCUGUCAUCGAGAAGGUUCUCUCCGACCCUUGGCUUCCGAGCGUUGAGAUAGGCCGGGAAGUCCCUGAAGCGAUUUCUGAGGAGGAUUGUAUCGAAUGCUACAGUUGGGAAUAUGGCUCGUAUCCUGAGAAGCUCGACGAACUAUAG